AUGUCAGGUCGGACGGCGUGCACCGAUGCACUUUGCAGCUGGGAUCUCGUGAAGAAAGGGAGGUUGCUGAGUGGAGAGACAGAGCGAGACGCGCCCAGGUCGCAGACGCACUUCCACAUCGAGCACCUUGGUGCCUUGGCUUUCUCUGUCCUUGCUUUAUUCUGGCUUCGAUUAUCUCUGAUCUUUAUCGACUUUUCUUUUUCCUUCCAGGAUGGGCUAGAUCGUGUCGUUGAGGAUGGUGCAAGUCCUCUGCAUCCAGGCCACAUCGCCAACACAGGCUUACAUUUGACGGAAGGGUCGUGGGUUGGCCUGGCCGAACGCGACGUAGACGGACGGAGCCUUGCGUGGCCCGAGCUCGGCCUUGUCGUCCGAACCCCUUCGCGUGCCGCUGCCACAGAGGCCGGUUCCUGA